GACGGUUGAUUAUCGGCUGAAGACGAGUAGAGGGUGGACCGCCAACUACAGAUGAAAUGAAGCCGGCUCCUUGGCAGUGGCUUUUAAUUGGCCUCCUCCUGCUGAUUCCGCAUCGUUCAGGGGCGGCCUCCAAGAGAGUUAAACUGUGCCUGCAGCCGAUGAUCAGUGGCCGUUGCUUCGGUUAUGUGGAGAGCUACGCCUACAAUCCCGUCAAGCGCCACUGCGAACCCUUUAUCUACGGCGGAUGCGGUGGCAACGACAACCGAUUCUCCACCAAAGCGGAGUGCGAGUUCAACUGCCGUGAUAUAUGAAAGUGCUAAGUGAAAUGUCAAUUCCCUAACUUACUAUCUAUCUACAUCAAGUUUUUAGUAUUACUUAGGUAACAAUAUAGACUUUCCAGCAAUUUUAGCUUAAAAGAUGAAAUACAAUGUAGUACUGCAGUGACCUAUUUA